ACAGCUGUAAAGAGCUUUCUGACUGUAAUUCAUGUAUUGGUAAUGACACAAAGGUAGAAGGCUGCAAGUGGAUCAGAUGUGAACAGCCGAAAGGUGAGAUGUGUGUAAAUGCAACAGAAAUAGGAACAAAGUAUUCCAACUGUACAGCUGAAGAACAGUGUUCUACUCCUACAGUUGUUCCUCUUUCCGAUACUACCACGCCGUCUUCCAAUACUACCACGUCACCUUCCAAUACUACCACGUCACCUUCCAAUACUACCACAUCACCUUCCAAUACUACCACAGCCAGUUCUACUACAGUUCAUACUACUAUAGCUAACGUCACCAAUGCAACCACACAUGUUCCUCUACCUACAACUGCUGUUACUUCAGUUGUCACAACACCCCGUGUUCCAGGUACAAGUACUACUGUGACUCCUACUCCUGCACCUUCUUCACGCAAAUCUACAUUUGAUGCUGCGAGUUUCAUUGGUGGAAUUGUCCUUGUUCUGGGUCUGCAGGCUGUUGUAUUUUUUCUGUACAAAUUCUGCAAGUCGAAAGACCGAAACUAUCACACGCUUUAGGACCUGCCACUUUAUAAUGGACUAGUAGCCCAACACCUGUAGUUCACUGAACCAAAAUAUUUUCUGUUGCUCAUGGAAGACAGCAGUUCAUAAUAUCCAUUAAAUCUCUAAAAGAAGACUUUAAAAGAUUAUUUUUGCAACAUUAUACUUGGCAAGAGGUGAUACGAAUCUCUUCAACAGGAUUACUUGCAAUAUGCUGCAUGGGUUCUAGUGGCUGUCUUAUUUUCCUUUAGUGGCUGCUGCUGUGGGACUUUUUUGAUAUGCCAAAUGUAGAC